UCAAAAACCAAGGACAGUUUGUUACUGACGAGAAAAAAAGGAAUGAAUUUGUCGAUUUUACGAAUAAAAAGCAGCCAUAAAUGUGUAAUUGUGAGUGAAAUACUUUGCUUCCUGCGUCAGUUUAACUGAACCCAUGAAAGUUUCAUUUGUCAGACGUACACAGAAUUGAUUAAAGUAUGAUUUAAUUCGUGACACAGGAAAUUCUGUGAAGGUCUUUAAUACAGGAAGAAGGGUUAGUGACAAUGAAUUGCUUAGUCGUGUAAUUCAGGUUCAUUCUUCUGUCGUCUGCCACAUGAAGAAUCACAUUCAGAUAUAAUUUAACGAUGACCUCUGUGUGGAAACGGCUGCAGAGGGUUAACAAGCAUGCUGCAAAAUUCCAGUUCACAGUUUCUUAUCAUCAGGUGACAUUAGAGACAACUUUAAAAUGGAAACCUAAUAAAUUGAGUGUUGUCUGGACUAGACGUAGUCGCAGGGUCACUUCUGAGCCAUUACCAUGGGAACCAACAAUGAAGGAUCCCUUGAGAGGAGUUGUAGUAUGGGCAGUGCCAGAGAAUAAGGAAGUUUCAGUCACCUUAUUCAAAGAUGCUAGAACCCAGGAGAUGGAAGACAAAGAGUGGACAUUUGUUAUUGAAGAUGUAUCACCUAAUGGGAAGAGAAGACAGGUAGCAGCAACCAACAUAAACAUGCGGAAGUAUGCUAGCAUUGAGUCAUCUCAGCACCAGCUGAUGCUCACAUUUAAACCGACUACUAAGAAGAUAGUUGGUGCCACAAUGGAAUGUACCUUAUCAUGCGUUCUGUUACGAGAAGGAAAGGCAACAGAUGAAGAUAUGCAAAGCUUGGCAAGUCUGAUGAGUGUCAAUAACAAUGACAUUGCUCCUCUUGAUGAUUUUGAUGAGGAUGAAGAUGUUGAAGAUAUUAGUCAGAAGCAUCAAGAAGUGUUGGACUUAACAUCACAAAUUGACUUAUUGACGAGCAGUCUGAGUGGGUCAGAAAUCGCCAGUACACCAAUUAGUGUUGCAAGUCUGUCUUCAUACCAGAGGGACGAACCUACACCAGUUGCAACAGAAGGUAGAAGUUUCUUGGAUGCAGAUAACACAGAAAGUUGUGGGGAACCUGGUAUUACCUCAUUGGCUCAAGAUACAUUGCCAGAAGAGGUCCAGGGAAGUGGAGGUGUCAGCUGUGAAGAUGUACACGCCGAAGAUGUGGACAGCAGUUCAAACAAUUUUGCACCAACACCAAUCGUUCCUGAAGGAGGCUCUCGUAUUGUGCGUCUCACAUUGCAGCCUCUCAAUUUACUACAGGCUGAUGGAAAAUCACUGCGUGCAAAGGAAACAACUCCCGGACAAGACUUGCUAGAAUGGUGUAAGGAAGUUACUCGAGAAUAUCAAGGAGUCAAAGUUACUAACCUAACUACUUCCUGGAGGAAUGGCAUGGCCUUUUGUGCAGUAGUGCAUCAUUUCCGCCCAGAUCUCGUGGAAUUUGAUUCACUGUCCCCACAUGAUGUGAAGGGGAACUGCAAGAAAGCGUUCGAUGCUGGAGAAGCUCUGGGCAUACCCCGAGUGAUAGAGCCUGCUGAUAUGGAUGUGUUGACAGUGCCAGACAAGCUGGCUGUUAUGACAUAUUUGUAUCAACUGAGGGCUCAUUUCACAGGCCAUGAACUGGAAGUACAACAGAUUGGCAAGACAACCGAUGAAUCUUCCUACAUGAUUGGCCGUUUCAACACAGACACCGACACAGAUGUUACAGUACAGUUAUUUGGCCAAGAAAUCAUGAAUUUACGUAAGCGAGAAGCAGUUGAAAGAAGACAGAACAGACGAUCAAUAGGCAAUAGAAGGUCUGGCUCUGCUGACUCUGAUGGGACGGCAGAGAGUGAGGGCAGCAGGAGCAGCGUGCUGACACCCAGAGUGUCUAGGCAGACCUCGGGUCUGAGAUUGAGACUGCCCCUUCCUCUUGUCAACAGUUAUGACUCCGGUGAUAAUAGUGAGCGUUCACCCACUUCCGUCAAAGAAGUGAAGGACAAGAUAUUAGCGAGCUCAAAGAGCAUUCUGGGCAAAGUGCUGUCACCCACCAAAGAGAAGUUAGCCAGAGACAAGAGUAAGUCUCCUGUCGCAACCACUCAGCGACCAGUUCUUAUGACAAGACGCCAGUUAACUGAUCCAUUUGGUUCUGAUGAUGAAGAUGAAAGCUCUGUAAUUGCUAGUGAAGACAAGAAGAGCUGCAACCGUCCUCUAACAAGAUCACAGUCAUCACAGGAUAGCGAAUCAGUUCAUUCUUGUGAUACGAGGAUGAGCAGAGAAGGGUCAGAAGGAUGCGAAACAAACGGUGUUCAACAGGGUCUUUCGCCAACGCAUGAAGCUUUCAGUAGACAGCAACAUCAUAUUUUAACUCGCCAUGAUGAGCUGAGAGAGCGAGCUCGACAAUUGCUGGAACAGGCACGAAGAGAAGCAGCUGCCCGUGGCAUUAACUCUCAAGUGACAGUCCAGUCGCCAGUCAAGUGUGAAGAGGAGCGGCAGCAGCAACUCCGGGAGCGCGCAAGGAGACUGAUCGCAGAAGCAAGGAUGGGUGUUGUCGGGACACAGACACUGCAUUCUGAUCAAGGAAGAGGCUCUAACUUACACACAGUUCCUGCUGACAGUGGAAGCCCUCUGAGCUCUGACCCUUCGUCUCCUGACAGGCUGCAGUCUCCCCUCUCUCCCAGUGACAGGUCUGUCGGAAACAAGGCUGAAAAGAAUGGCAACGUACUGGCUUGGAGUCCGUCCAACACCCCAACAUCUGCUGACAGUGUAGCCUCCGGUGUCCCACACCACAAUCCAUUGGCAGGCGAGGAGGAGGCUAAUACUAAGAAGAACACUUCACCUCUUCACUCAUUCACCUCACUCAUGGAUCGAAUCUCACCCGAUAAAAAUAUCGGGGAUGUAUAUCAGAGAGGGCAUGGCAAAGAUGUGGUUAAUUACAUCCAAAAUGAACUCGAAGCACUAGAAAGAGAACAGAAGCAGAUCGACAUGCAAGCAGCCUUCCUUGAAAAGGAUUUGCGAAGGGUGAUGGAAUCAGGUAAUGACAAAGAGAGAGAGGAACAGCUGAUGGCCAAGUGGUUUCCAUUGGUGAACAAGAAGAACGCUCUCUUAAGAAGACAGAUGCAGUUAAAUAUUCUGGAGAAGGAAGAUGAUUUAGAGAGGAAGUUUGAGCUUCUCAAUAGAGAGCUGAGAAGUAUCUUGGCCAUAGAAGAGUGGCAGAAGACAGAGGAACAAAAAGUUCGUGAAAAUUUGUUGCUUGACGAACUGGUCACAAUUGUCAAUAAGAGGGACGAAUUAGUUCAUCACCUGGACUCACAGGAGAAAGCGAUCGAGGACGAUGAUGAAAUAGAGCGUGAUUUGAAUAGAGUUUCAAUGCCUCAACAGAAUCGAAAUUGUGUCGUGCAGUAAAGAAAAUAGAGUAUAAAUGUUUUUGCAAGUUAAACUUUGGAUUAUGUGCCACAAGCAUGAUUUCUGUAGACUGCCAAAGAAGAACUGAUAUCACUCCCCACCAUUUAAACUGCUGUCGCUUGUUUUUUAAAAUACUACGCAUCUGUGAAGGUGUGGUGUGAACUCUGUGUGAUUGUUUGCAAAGGGACAUUUGCAUCAUCCUGUUUGGACGAAAUUUGAGAAGUUAAAGAGAUAUACAAGAACAGGAUUUGUUGGUAAAGCUUGUGCUACUUUCUUACGUGUUAUGUUCAUGUUGUGUCCCAGUGGACCAAGCUUACUGUUCCCUAUUUGAAAGCAGUUGCACAAGUGAUAAUGAACACUUGCAGUGCUGCUAUUUUAUGCAUGUAUAUUUGUAAUUAUUUGGAGAUGUGUGAAAUGAGGAUAUCUGAUGUCGAGUCCAAAUAGAUGAAGUUUUUGGAGUAUAUUUUUCAUUCUUUUAGUAAUUAAUAGCUUUCUACGCAAGAAAAUAUAUAAACAUUUUUGACAUACAGUAAAACCUGCUGAUUUGAGCAUCCCCGAUGACAUGAACACCAUCUUUUCACUUCAAACUUGCUUUAAUUAGCACAGGUAUUUUUAGAUACAGUGCAGCCAGAAUAGCUCAUUUGGUGUAGUGGUGAGUUGGAUGGCUGAGGAAUCAGGGUUCAGUUCCCAGGAGUACCAAGAAAUUAUCUUCUCUGCAGUAUUUAGACUGGCCCUGGGGCCACUCAGCCCCCUGUCUGAUGGCUGCUGGGAGCUCUUUCCCUUGGCAUGGGUGGGUAGGAGGUAAAGUAGUGACCAGGAUGUGAAGGUGAAUGAACUACAAGGAACACAGUUGGUAAUCCUGUGCACCACAUUGUGGAAUACAGCCUUUUGAAUCUAGUUAAGAUAUGGUCAUGUACCAGAUGACAAUAAUCUCAAUUUUCAUGACCAUCAAAACCCCAAAUCUUAAUUUUACAUCUGGUUCCCAUUCUUUUCAUGGGACCAGAGAAACUUUUUGAUAAAAUAGUUUUCCAUUUAAUCGAGGCUCCAUUCCUGGCAGGUUUUACUGUAUAAGAUUUUCAUUAUGACAUUUAAUUAACUCUUUCCAUGCUGAGUUACUGUAGCUAAUUUAGAAUAGAGAUGUGGCCAAAAACAUGUAUGUAUUCCUCCAACUUAACCCAAAUGAACCUAACCUAGCAUGUCAGAGGAUAUAUAUAUAUGUCAGUAGCAUGGAAAGGGUUAAGAAAACAGACAAUUGAAUCAAACCUUUUAUAGAUAGCGAAUUUUAUUGAUUUAAUAAUCUGUCUUAUACUAGGAAUUUUCAGAAUGUCUCUUUUAAGUAGUGGAUAUGAGGGCAUAAAGUAGUUUUUGAUCUCCUAAGCUUUCGGUGUAUAUUGCACAGUCUCUUUUAUAGUCAGUUGAAAGACGGUCUGUGAGUUCUUCUAUGUACAUGUAAGCUGAAGCUUCAAUAUAUUGUUAAACAGCUUA